AAAACAAGCAAGGAACACACCUUCACUUCCAAACCCAACCAAACCCCCAGUCUUCGCACUCAGAAUUUCAGUUGCAAAACUGUUCAAUCACCUUCCCACUCCUCACAAUCCACUUAACCACCAACCACCACCGUCCACCGCCGGAAAUGGAAUCGUCAGAGUGGAACAAUCAAGUGGAGGAAGGAGUAUUACGGCGGGCGAAGCAGUGGCAGCAACGGAGCGAGCCACCGUCGGCAUGGGUGACGGAAUUGGUCGAAUAUCUCACCGGCAACGGCGUCGCGCUGCCGAGUCCGGAGUUAGCGGAGCUUCUGGUUUCCCAAAUGUGCUUCGAGAAGGAUCACCCUUCGAUGUGGAAGUUCAUGAGCCACGCCCUUUCUUCUCGCCUUGUUUUCCCUCUUCAGAUACUCUCGCUGCUUUCUUCGAAGGUUAUUCCUCGGCGACGCUCUCAUCCUCAUGCCUAUGCUCUCUUUCUUCCGCUUCUGGACCAGCAUGUGUUUUCAUUUCAACCUACUGGUUCAGUUUCGUGCAAUCUCAGGAUAAUAAGUUCUGUUGACUCUUCACUCCAGCUUUCUGAAACAUAUAAAAUUCAUGAUCUGGAGCUAGGGCAUGUAUUUGUGCUGUUCUUUUUCAACAUUAUCAUUGCUUUGAUUGAUAGCACAUUGGAUGACUGGGGAUUACAAGUGACCUUCGAUGAAAGAUCGUGUUUAGUCCCUACUGGUGACCAGUAUAUGGAAAUUGAUCACAAUGUGACGCACAAUUUUAAAAAAAGUGAAUAUCAUGAGCAGAUAAGGAAGAGAAAUUCUUUCACGGCCUUAGAGGUAUUGGAAAGAUUAACUGCAAGCAGAAAAGCAACUAUUCUUCUGCAGUCUGUUCUCUUGAACAUGCCUGAAAAAUUCAAUUGCCUCCGGCAGAGGCUUCAAUUUCUUGAAUCCCUUGAAUUAGGAUCAUCAGAGUUAAAAUUAGUGAACCCAGUCCUCACAAAAAUGUCUGCAAACAUCCGUGGAGUUUCUAAUUUUGAUUACUGCCUCAAUAAGCAUCAGCUGGUUGGGAAGCUUGUUGAUGUUGGACCCUGCAAGACAUUGUUGAGAUACAGCUAUAGAUCUUUUCAGUCUCCUUGUUGGGUUCCUUUAGAUAUUUAUAUGGAGAAUGCUAUGGAUUCUAGACAAAUUCCUAUCAAAUCUUCAAUUGAUGUGCUUACAGAACAAAUCAAGACCCUUCAAAUAAUUAACCAGGCUAGCUGGCAAGAAACUUUUCUAGCUCUUUGGCUUUCAGCCCUUCGGCUUGUGCAGCGAGAGCGUGAUCCUCCUGAAGGUCCGAUUCCUCAUCUUGAGGCCCGUCUAUGCGUGCUUUUAUCUAUUGUUCCCUUGGCAAUUGUGAAUGUUCUAAAGGAAGACUCCAAACACAAUCCGUCUUCUGUUCAAAUGUCUAUGGAAUCAGGAUACAGUCAUGAAAUGAAGAAUGAUGGUUCUGGGAAACUUGGACUGAUUUCAUCGGUUGAAGUCCUUGGACACUUUUCUAGCCUCCUAUGCCCUCCUGCAUUAGUUGUUGAUCCAGCCAACCAGGCAGCUAGAAAAGCAGCGAGAUUCAUUUAUAAUUCAACAAACAAAAAUGGUGAACCUGUAACUGGAAUUCAUGCUAAUUCUAAUACAAAAGCAGGCGGGAACUUGAGGCAUCUAAUAGUGGAAGCUUGUAUAGCAAGGAAUUUAAUGGACACAUCAGUGUACUUCUGGCCUGGUUAUGUGUCUACAUCUGUUAUGUCUUCGUCAGAUUCAUCAUCACUUGAAAAAUCUCCAUGGUUAACAUUUAUGGAAGGAACACCAUUGAACAACUCCCUUAUAAAUUCCCUUACGGUGACGCCUGCCUCAAGCCUGGCGGAGAUUGAGAAGUUAUACUUUAUUGCAUUAAAUGGAACAGAGGUGGAAAGGCCUGCAGCCGCUAAGAUUCUGUGCAGUGCAUCCCUCAGUCGUGGAUGGUAUAUCCAGGAACACGUGGUUCACUAUGUGGUCAAGCUUCUUGCUUCUCCGGUGCCUCUUGGUCAUUCUGGAUCUUGGAGCCUCUUGGUUGAUAAUAUGUCCAUGCUUAGUGCUGUUCUCCGUGGAGCUUCCAGUGUUGAUACUGUUCAUAUACUUUCUUUACACGGUGUAGUCCCCACAGUUGCUGCAUCUUUAUUGCCCCUUUGUGAGGCAUUUGGCUCAAUUACACCGAAUUCAAUUAACACAGGAGAUGAGCCUUCAACAUCAACAUACAUGGCGUACAUGGCUUUUUCUCUAGCAUUUCUUUUCCUUAUUCGUUUGUGGAAAUUCUGUAGACCCCCUCUUGACCAAGGCAUCACCGAAGAAGGAAUUGCGGUUGGAGGUUUGGAGUAUCUUUUGUCAUUGCACAAUAAUCGUGUCAUGUCUUCCCAAGACAAGUUAGAAAGCAAUCAAAGUCUCUUUGAGUCUGCAUCUGUGAAACCAGUAUGUAUUGAUUCAUUUCCAAAAUUACGGGCCUUGUAUUGUCAAUACAAAUCUUGUGUUGCUUCAGCCCUUUCUGGUCUUUCUACGGGAAAUUCCAUUCAUCAAACUGCUACUUUGAUCUUAAGCAUGAUUUACCAGAAGUUGACUAAAGGUGGUAUUCCAUCCAGUAAUUCUUCAUCACCAACUAGCAGUAAUGCAUGUAGCUCCCUCAUAAAUUCUGGUGAGGAGGCUUUUCAAAGGCCUGUGCUUCCUGCAUGGGAAGUAAUGGAAGCUAUUCCUUUUGUCCUGGAAGCGAUUUUAACUGCUUGUGUUCAUGGGAGGCUGUCAUCACGUGACUUGACAACAGGUCUGAGAAACCUUGUGGAUUUUCUUCCAGCAUCGCUUGCUACCAUUAUUGAUUAUUUUACAUCAGAAGUUACUCGUGGUGUUUGGAAACUAGUUCCAAUGAAUGGAAUAGAUUGGCCUAGUCCAGCAGCGGUUCUUCAAUCAGUUGAGUCAGAAAUAAAAGCUAUAUUAACUCAUGUUGGCGUUGAUGUUCCAAAAUAUUCUUCUGGAGGUUCACAAGUAAUGCUUCCUCUACCAAUGGCAGCUCUUGUCAGUUUAUCGAUUACUUUUAAACUGGACAAGAGCCUGGAAUACAUCCAUGCAAUUACUGGAGCUGCUUUGGAAAAUUGUGCAUCAGGUUGCCCUUGGCCUAGCAUGCCAAUAAUUGGCUCUCUGUGGGCCCAAAAGGUCCGCCGCUGGCACAACUUCAUUGUUGUAUCGGGUUCCCGUUCUGUGUUCAGACACAACAAUGAAUCUGUUGCUCAGCUGUUGAGAAGUUGCUUCACCUCAUACCUUGGAACAUUGUGCGUUUCGAACUCAAAGCUUACUGCUGAGUGUAAUGUGAAUGGCCUGUUGGGUAGUUCCAUCACUGCUCCUGGUGCCUGUCCUUAUGUCGCUCCCGGAUUCCUUUUUCUUCGAUCCUGUCGCAAUAUACACAAUGUGCUGUAUCUAAAUGAUGUACUUGUGGGUCUUGUGACAGAGUAUUCUAAUGAAUUAGCUGGCAGAAGGGCCGGUCCUGGCUCUCGCCACCUAAAAUCCACUGGAGCAUCACUGUCCCUAGCUGCUCAAAGUGCAAAAGAGGUAGCAAUGCUUGGUUCAUGUCUCUUAUGUGCAGCAGGUGGUAUCCAACUGGUUCAGGAAUUGUAUAAGGAGACUAUUCCUACCUGGCUGCUGUCGUCAAGGGACACAAAGCAGAAUAAUGAUAGUGUUGUGUCUUAUAUUCUUGAGGGUUAUGCUAUGGCAUAUCUGUUGAUAAUGACAGGGUCAAUGAUAUGGGGUGUUGGUACCAAGUUACCAUCAUCGACAUCCACGAGAAGGAAUCGCAUCAUUAGGGUCCACUUGGACUUCUUGGCAGAAGUCAUGGAGAGGAAAAUUUCAAUCAGCUGCAAUCCAAUUACAUGGAAAACUUAUGUCUGCUGUUUAGUGAGAUUAAUGGUUAGUCUUGCACCAGCAUGGGUUCAAGAUGUGAAGGUGGACACUUUGAGGAAAUUGGCGCGCGGAUUAAGCAGAUGGAAUGAACAUGAACUGGCACUUUCUCUGCUACAAAGAGGGAGGACAGCUGCCAUGGGAGCUCUUGCUGAACUUGUCAAUAUGAUUUAGUUUGAACAUAGGAUUUGUAACAUUAAUGGCAAAAUUGCUUCAUAGAAAAUUGUAAGUUUACUUAGGACCACCUACAAGUGAAAUGGGGCUUGCUAUUUUCUCUCAUUGCUGGUAGUGUGGACAUUUUAGUCCUAAUCAUAAUGUGAUGCACCCUAAUUCUAGUCUCAUUUAAUGUUCAUGAAAGUUAUUUAUGCCUGA